UGCGCUGGCCUCGCCCGCCUUUGCCGGCGUCCACAAGAUGAAGCUCCAGAAGGUGCCUCUCUCAGAGCAGCUCAAAUACGCAAAUAUCCAGGAGCACGCAAAGGCGCUCGGCCAAAAGUACAUGGGCAUCAAGCCCGAGACGCACGCCGAGCAGGUGUUCAAGGCGCCCUACGUCGCCGACGGCUCGCACCCAGUGCCCGUUAGCAACUUCCUGAACGCGCAGUACUUCUCUGAGAUCUCCCUCGGUACUCCUCCCCAGAGCUUCAAGGUCGUUCUCGACACCGGAAGCUCCAACCUUUGGGUCCCCUCCUCUGAGUGCAACUCCAUCGCCUGCUACCUCCACACCAAGUAUGACUCGUCUGCCUCGUCGACCUACAAGAAGAACGGCACGUCAUUCGAGAUUCGCUACGGCUCUGGUGAGCUCAGCGGCUUCGUCUCCAACGAUGUCUUCCAGAUUGGCGACCUCAAGGUCAAGCACCAGGACUUCGCCGAGGCCACCUCUGAGCCUGGUCUCGCCUUUGCCUUUGGCCGCUUCGACGGCAUCAUGGGUCUCGGCUACGACACCAUCUCCGUCAACAAGAUUGUUCCCCCCUUCUACAACAUGCUCGACCAGGGUCUGCUCGACGAGCCUGUUUUUGCCUUCUACCUCGGAGACACCAACGAGGGUCAGGAGUCCGUUGCUACCUUCGGUGGCAUCGAUGAGAGCCACUACACUGGCAAGCUCACCAAGAUCCCUUUGAGGCGUAAGGCUUACUGGGAGGUUGACCUCGAUGCCAUCACCUUUGGCAAGGAGACCGCUGAGAUGGACAACACUGGUGUCAUUCUUGACACUGGUACAUCCCUCAUUGCCCUUCCCUCUACCAUCGCCGAGCUUCUGAACAAGGAAAUCGGUGCUAAGAAGUCAUACAACGGCCAGUACACCGUAGAGUGCAACACGCGUGACAGUCUGCCCGACCUCACCUUCACUCUGACCGGCCACAACUUCACCAUCGGUGCCUAUGACUACAUCCUUGAGGUCCAGGGCUCGUGUAUCUCCGCCUUCUUCGGCAUGGACUUCCCUGAGCCCGUAGGUCCCCUCGCCAUCCUCGGAGACGCCUUCCUCAGGAGGUGGUACUCUGUCUACGACGUCGGCAACUCGGCUGUUGGUCUUGCUAAGGCCAAGUAAGCAGUUGUCGAUGAUGUUAGGACGCGUUUGGAGUUUUAGGAGGGCCUUGGGAUCAUUCGACCAGCAGAUGGAACUGCUUGGCCUGUGUUGUACGCAGCAGUAAUAGGUAACGUUUGUUAUGUCGGCACAGAUUGUCGAAUUCAUGUACAUCAGCAAAUCAAGUCAAUACAAUGGGAGCAAUUCUGUCGAAAGUGACUAUUCAGUCCUGUUCAGUGUCACCGUUGAGGUGCCGGGCAUCCAUCAGCGUGACUCGUUAUCGAUCUUAUCGUACCGAGGGCCAGCUCACGAAUGACGUACGAC